GUGAAGAUUUCGAUCUUACGGCCUUGGCGUUGCUCUAUAAUUUACUCCGAUUUUCAUGAGAUGAGACAAAAAUGACUCUUCUUACCUCAAUAUUACAGCGUCAGCUUGUUCCUAGUCCUGUACGUAGAGGUGAGUGCUGAAAUGUAGAGUAAACAAACACAUUUUAAUCCUAUGUGUAGCUUUAUACACAAGCUUGACUCGUCCGCAACGUCGCGGAUUUGUAAACUUUUAUAUUUCUUUCACGACUUCUUUCAGCUUUGCCCGUCGAUUUUGCAUUGGAGGCUUUCGCUUGUAUUAAAGAUGAUGAACAUCUCGUCGAAAGAAGAGAGGUAAGCUCACACAAAUCUACGUGGCGUUCGAGAAGUCCCUCAAAAUACAGCAAUAAUAUAGCUCACUGCUGGCAUGUGAGCUACAGAUGUAAGCUUGAAAGCUUAUACUUGUACUUAGCGGACACCCAUCUCUCUUUCAGAUCGAUGUUCCACCGUUUGCUUGUCGCUUCAACAAGAGUAAGUCAUCAUUAUUUUCCGAGAACUUGCCCUUACUUUGCUCUGUUUCUGUAGACUAUAAAAAUGCUUAGUUCAUUUGUUUAAUAAUUAUUAUAAAUUCAAGCCGCUCUAGGUGGUCAUAUGUUAGCCAUAGCAGACGAAGACGGCUGGGUUCAAAUACUGGAUUCCCGGAAAACAGGAAAAAGAUCGAUUAUUAAGGGUAAGAGACGCUAAAAUACAGGUUUGCUCUUAUGUGCUUUGUUAAAUUCCAAACAGACUUUUUCUAAACUUUUUGAAUUUCAACCCUCACACCCUGGGUUCUUCUCGAUUUCUGUAACUCAUUACUACUAUCCGCCUUGAGAUUUCAUCAAACAUACCCUAUAAUACUUCCUGCGAUGAAAGCUCCUUUGGGUUUAUUAAACAAUCUCCUUUCAGACGUAUGAACAGGUCCACAAAUAUAGGUGUAUAUUGGUGUAGUUUAGAAAUUAUUUUUUAAAAAUUGUUUUUUUUGAAGUCAUGGGCCAGGAAAUCGACCAGUCUAAAGAAAGGAAUUGACCAUUGCUAGAAUAGGACUGAUGAAACUAUCUAGACUAUCUAGAUAGUUUUUGACCAAUAGAGAGGGUAUGGCUGCACAAGUGGGUUGCUUUUGUUCCAAUAUUUUUUUGGCAGGGCGGGCCAUACCAUGUUUCUUAUAAAAACUAUUAGCCCGCGUUUCCUCUUGUGUACAUGUACAGUGUUGACAGUUUGAGCCACAUACUCAAAUCCUGGUACACAUGUGUGGGCCCAGAACAAGGAUUUUGGUACUAUUUUGCCGAUGGACUUAACGAGAGGUUUAGUUCCCUCUGUGGCACAGGCUAUUUAACGAUUAUUCCUCAAGCCGGAAUGGGCUCUGAGUCAAUAGCCCAUAAGGCUGUAGGCUGAAUGGGCUAUUGACUCAGAGGCCAUGAUGGUGAGAGGAAUAAUUGUUUAGUAAAAUCCAACUAGUUGGUCAAAAAUAUCAAGACAAAACAACUGAAAGCAAGACUUUAAUCCUUUUUUUGCCGCCAAAAAUCCUGUGCUUUUCGCUACUAGUGGGCUAUAACAUAUAGCCUAGUAGUAGCUCAACCAAUCAGAAUGCAGCAUUGAUAAUAGACCACUAGUUGGAUUUUACUAAAGAUACGUGUCAGUCGUGUAUCUGCCAUUUCAACUAAUUGUGGGCCACUGCCAUAAAAUAAUCAGACACGAUCCAAUCAAUCCCUUUAAUCCUAUGCCAAACCUUUUGUUAUUCAGUAAGUUAAGGGGUUGAUCUGAUCCCAUCUUAUCCAGGAUUUGUUCAUGCCUUAACUUGUAAUUUCAGUUGCAAACAUGGUAGUAAUGGAUGUUUUAUUUAUUUGUUUAUUUUUUCAUGUUUCUGCAUAGAGUGGAAUGCCCAUGAGAAUGCAGUGUUUGAUAUUGCAUGGAUGGAGGGAGAACAAAUGUUGGUAAGAUAUAUAAAAACAGACUAUCACCAAAAUAGUGUGGCCCUUUUAAUGGGACAUUUCUACAUNUAAAAACUAUUAGCCCGCGUUUCCUCUUGUGUACAUGUACAGUGUUGACAGUUUGAGCCACAUACUCAAAUCCUGGUACACAUGUGUGGGCCCAGAACAAGGAUUUUGGUACUAUUUUGCCGAUGGACUUAACGAGAGGUUUAGUUCCCUCUGUGGCACAGGCUAUUUAACGAUUAUUCCUCAAGCCGGAAUGGGCUCUGAGUCAAUAGCCCAUAAGGCUGUAGGCUGAAUGGGCUAUUGACUCAGAGGCCAUGAUGGUGAGAGGAAUAAUUGUUUAGUAAAAUCCAACUAGUUGGUCAAAAAUAUCAAGACAAAACAACUGAAAGCAAGACUUUAAUCCUUUUUUUGCCGCCAAAAAUCCUGUGCUUUUCGCUACUAGUGGGCUAUAACAUAUAGCCUAGUAGUAGCUCAACCAAUCAGAAUGCAGCAUUGAUAAUAGACCACUAGUUGGAUUUUACUAAAGAUACGUGUCAGUCGUGUAUCUGCCAUUUCAACUAAUUGUGGGCCACUGCCAUAAAAUAAUCAGACACGAUCCAAUCAAUCCCUUUAAUCCUAUGCCAAACCUUUUGUUAUUCAGUAAGUUAAGGGGUUGAUCUGAUCCCAUCUUAUCCAGGAUUUGUUCAUGCCUUAACUUGUAAUUUCAGUUGCAAACAUGGUAGUAAUGGAUGUUUUAUUUAUUUGUUUAUUUUUUCAUGUUUCUGCAUAGAGUGGAAUGCCCAUGAGAAUGCAGUGUUUGAUAUUGCAUGGAUGGAGGGAGAACAAAUGUUGGUAAGAUAUAUAAAAACAGACUAUCACCAAAAUAGUGUGGCCCUUUUAAUGGGACAUUUCUACAUCCAAGUCCUUAACUCCAAUGUGUUUACAUACCAGUCAUUGAUUUUAGUAUUUUAAUUUUUAUUGGUUAUCUGUAUGUAGUGAGCUUGCUAGCCAUUGAUGCAAAUGUUCUGAGAGGUAAAUUUGCUUCAACCAACCAGAAGCACUACCCAGAUGUGGGUAGUGACAUGUCAUCAGUAAGGAAUUUCUGCACUUGUUCCUCAGACAUCAUUUUAUGGGGAGCCAGUGGUAACAUUGCCAAAUUUUGGCUGUUUUCCGAGGCUACUAGAGCUGCAGUGUUCCUGACAUCCCAGCAGGAUGUGAUAUCCCACCAGCAAAUGUGCCUGGGUUGCAGCCGCUGCGAUAACAGUUAAGGGUGAUUCCUUAAAAUUACACUAAUGUAUUAUCUGUUCUUUAGGUGACAGCAUCUGGGGACCAGACUAUUAGAAUGUGGGAUGUUAAUCGUGAUCAAUGCUUGGCUGUGUUCAAAGGCCAUAGCUGCAGUGUGAAAUCUGUGGACUUCAGAGAAGAUGAAAUAUGUGAGUACCAUGGAUUGAUGUCAGUGUUUUUUUAUGUUGGUGGUUAACAAAUUCAUUAUUCAAAAAGAUUUUUAUUCAGGAGCUUUUUCAAGAGAUUUUUAAUUAAUAAUAAUUAUUAUUUCUUUAUUUACUCUCAGCAGUAUUUAUAGCACUUAUGCUAGUGGGGCAGAGCAACAGCCACGCUGCCUUCUAGUUAAUUGCCAUUGCACUGAUUACUUAGCUGGGAAAAAUUUGCUCAAAGCUAUUUCUCUCCACCCUGGGUAAUGGUGCCACUGACAUACUGCUGGUUGUACAAAAGGGCAAUUUUCACACUAUUGGAUAACUGGAAUAAGUUGGAUAAUUAUUAAAAUCAUAGCAUUAAUAUUUUUAAGAACUUUGAAUAUACAUGUGCUUUUGUUAUUAGCACAACUACACAGCCAUGAUAUGCGGCACUAUGUCAAUCUUCAGAUUGUUUUGAAUACCUCAAAAUUCCUACUUAAAUCAAGCCACGCACACAUGCACACAAAGGUACUAGCCAAAUUUUCCUACCUAUAACACUCCUAGAAUGGAAAAUUUCAAACCCCCCAAAUCCUUCUUAUUUAUUCUGGUCACUGAAAAUCCAGAGUACCCCCCAGCCUGGGAUUUGGAAAUCUUGUUCUUAUUCUCCACGGAAAUACCUGCAUGUUCAUCGGAUAGCUGGACAGCAAUAUUCUUAUUAAUCUUCUUGCUUGCUUUUGCUUUUCUUGUCAGUUGUCUUUGCUACUGGUGCAAGAGAUGGGAAUGUGAUGGUAUGGGACAUGAGAUGUAAUCGUCGCUCUGGUCAUUUUUACCAACCCAUCAAUGUUAUAUCUAAUGCACAUUUAGAAAGACUACCUGGUACCCGUCAGAUGUCAAAAAAGAAACCUAGGAGAUCUACUUCAAGACCUGUCAUGGUUUGUAAAUAAAUAAUUUUAUGUAUCCUUACUAAUUUUAGUCAUGCCUCAUGAUCCGAGUCUUGUCUUAAGUUGAGUCACACUACUCGUUAGAGAUGUUCUCAAAGGGUGCAUGAACAAGAAAUAUGGUAAUUUCUGCAUGAUUUUAGUUAGGUUGACUUUGCCAACCUAUGUGAAAGACUAUCCAAAUGAGUAGAAUUAGGUCAUGUAAUAUGCAAUAAAAGGAGGGGGUAGGGGUUGGGCGACAAGAUAAAGAGGCACUUGGAGUUUUCUAAUUUCUAAAAAAUAAUAGCCUCCUAAAGGCAGGAGAAUAAUGGUACUAAUCAGUAACAUAAAAAUAACAGUUGCAUGGAAAACUGCAUUUUGGUAAGGUACCAUACUUAAAUUGCAGUGUCAACUUGCACUUUCAUUGCUUGCAGAACUCUAGCCAACAAAGUGUCACAGCAGUGUUAUUUCAAGGAGGCGAGAAGCUGAUAUCAGCUGGAGCAGUGGAUGGUAAAAUUAAAAUCUGGGACUUGCGCAAAACCUAUACAAACCUUAAAAAUGACCCCGUGCCUUUCCACAUCUUUCCAUACCCAGGGCAAGGAGUAAGAAAACAUGGUAGGUAAUAAUAUUUUGACUGAAAUGAGAGGUAAACUCCUUAAACUUUGGCUCAAAUAGUCAAGCCUUUUUGGGGGGAUCUUGCAGCUAUUGGAAGAUCUCACAAGAUUGGUUUGCAACCGGUUGGGAAAACAGUGAACAAACAAAGUUGACAAUGGAUCAUAGCCCGAAAACAAAAGAGCUACAACCCAAAGAUGUCCAAUUAAGUUAGAGGUUCUGAAGGGCUGCAAGGCUACUGCUCUUUUUCACAACUGAUAAUCAGUUGCAUAGUCAGUCACAUAGAUUAUUUUACAUGUGGUACUGUAAAGAAUGCAACUAAACAAGAGGCACACAGAGGUGCCUUUUUUGUCAAUGUUUUGUAAAGUGGACAUGACUUUGUCUGUUUUCCAAUUUUAUCUGUGACUUUCACUUUCAAAUCACUGUAGAAUGGAACAGUUGAUAACAAUGUCCUUAGUUUUCUGGCCAGCUGAUCAUUGCUCUCCAUUGCAGGUUUUUCAUCCCUUGUUCUGGACUCCACCCACUCACGUUUGUUUGCUGGAUGCACUAAUGACCAAAUCUACAUGUACAGUUGUACUUCACUGGGGCAGGAACCACUUGGCACCUUCUCUGGUCACCUGAACUCCACGUUCUAUGUAAAAUCAGCUCUUAGCCCCAAUGACAUGUACCUUCUUAGUGGAUCCAGUGAUAAUAAUGCCUAUAUCUGGAAGGUGUCCGACCCUACAGCCCCACCCAUUGUUCUCAAGGGACACCUUGGUGAAGUCACAAGUGUUGCCUGGUGUCCCUCUGAUCAGGGAAAGGUAUGUCUGAUUCCCACAAGCAGAGCUGUCUGCCCUGUGGCCCCUGGUCAGGGCUGUCACUAAGAUUUCAAGUUGCCAGGUAAAUGCAUCAAGUAGCCGGGGAAUCAAACAGCCAGGGAUUUCUUUUAGUUCUAUUUUUCUUCUACUUUGCUAUGAAAGUAGCUGGGGGCCACAUUCUUAGUAGCCAGGGUAAAUCCCCAGCCCAUGCCUCUUAAUGACAGCCGUGCCCUGGUGCCUUAAUUUUGCUCUUGAAUGACUAGGAAAUCUUAGCUUUUUCAUAGAAAUACCAUACUGGGAACCCUGGAUUACACAUGUUGACAGCACCUGGCUCCCGUCAGUAUUUCUUGGAGCACAGCCUUGCACAAGGGUCACAAUUUAAGGACUUGCAAGAAGUGGAGGGAGAUAAAACUAAAUUUGCUACUUAUCAGUUAAUCAGUGGAAAAAGGGAGGCUUUAAGGGGCAACACUAAAAUAGUGGACACAAGGUUCAAGUUUACAUACAUAAAAACCGUUACAUUUUUACACUUCUCUAUCUGUUGUUUUAGGUGGUGACUUGUUCUGAUGAUAACAGUUUCCGCAUAUGGUAAGCAGUUAAAAAAAAUCAUCCCAUCAUGCUUGAUCCAUUAACCCCUGAUGGCCUGAUUCAUAAUUAUUCUCAGGCAGUCCCGCUCUUCUCUGGCCAUCAUUCAAAAUAUAAGUAAGCAAAUUAACUUUCCUUGCUGGUACACCUUUUUGGUUUCAUUAAUGCAUGCAAAGCCACUUUUAAGCAAUCUCUUUUCUACUUUUUUUUUUUAACUCUCAUUCUUAGCUACUUUCUUUCGCUGGGUCUUGUCAUACAAAGUAUCAAUGCAACAUUUAAUUUGGCCUUUCAGUGGGUGUUUUUACUACUCUAGCAGCAUUUUAGCCCAAUGCAAAGUUCCAGCCAUGCUGUGCCUUGAGCUCAGUGACUAGUUCAGGGGCAAUUUACAGAGUGAAACAUUUUGACUUUGUACUAUUGUACCUUUAUUUUUCAAAGGAGAAUUAACCACCAAGCACGCAAGAACGACAGACUAAACCUGAUUGGUGAAAGCUGCAAAUUAGCAUUGCAAACAUCUGUCUCCCCUGUAAAUGGUGAGUUGAAAUAAUUUCAACUUAAAAGCUGAAUUAUUCAGCUUUUAAGUUUUAAAUAAACUAGAGGUAUAUUUGUGGAGAUAGAUGCUGCUGGCUUUGGAUGCAAUUUUCACACACAUGAAACAAAAAAAUCAAGAUUUUGUUAGAUAAGAAAAUUUAAGGCCAAAUCCCAUGCUUAAUAAAAGUACACUAUUUCCACUUUAAAUAUAGGCAAAACAAAACUUUCCAACUAACUAUUCUCCCAUUCUACAGUAUUUUCAUGUCCGAUUUGAUUAUAGAUAUAAAAACACAUCUAUUUUAUUCACGUAGUUCUAAAGUUCUGUCUUGGGGUUCAAGAAGGGGGAGUUGUUCGGGACUACGUUUUGCUCUUUUGUGGACUCCACCAUCUAAACUUAUUACCAAUCCACGAUUAAACCAGAUUUCCAGUCCUGUUGGCAUGGCAACCAGACUCAACAGCCCCACUAACAAAACACCACCUCAAAAACAAAACCUUCUCAGCCAGGCUCCAAAGGCCACCAUGAGUCCACCAAACUUGAAAACAGGUACCAAUAUUUAAAUAAUAAUUACUUAAUUAUUAAUAUCACAUACAUGUAGAUCUAAGUCUGGCUGACAAGGAUGAGAUGAAAACAACAAAACCAUCUCACUUAACAGGAGAGCCAUUUAUUCACUUUUCUAGCUUGAAGUUCUAUACCCUGUAAACCAGAGGUGGGAUUCAUCACUGUCAGCCACAGGCUGAUGCAUUUUUAGCUGGGGACCAAAGCCGUGAUUAUACAGAUUUGACUACAACAGAAAAGGUGGAAGUUCUAAGGGUUGUGCUCAAAUUUUGUUGUUUAAACAUUUCUCUCUAAAGUAAAAGGACAGCAAACAAAAAAAUGGAUAAUCCUGAUAAGUUGUUUCAACAAGAUUCAUGGUAAAGAUGUUGUUUUUGAUCUGCAGAAUCCCAUUUUGUUGAAUAAUAAAAUUAUUAUUUUUCCACAGGUUUAACAGCUCAUGCAAUGCAUGAUGCCAAAAUAACCACUAGCACCUCAUUUGUUAGUUCAUCACUGUCCCAACCCUCCCCCCCUGAGUGUAUUUCAAGUCAAGUAUCUUCACCAAAGUCACCAGCUGUAAUAAAGUAUCAAAGUCCCAAACAGUUGCUGGCAUCCUGGUUAAGAACAAAUUCCAGGAAGAGGAGACAUAGUGACAGUGUCGAUACAACAGAUGACACAAAUAACAGUGUUAAGUCUGAAGUAACUUUGUCUGACAAGAUAAAAGAAAAUUUGGGAGACAAGGAAAAAACAUUUGUUUCUCAUAAUCUACUGCAAGAACAUGGAAACAAUGAAAAUAACAUCAGUGGACAAAAAUGCCUGGCAACAUCUCCUUUGAGGAAAAGACGGUGCUCUAGUGACCCUUUAAAUUCUACAACACACAACAGUCGAGAAAUUAAGGUCAAACCAAAUUCAAGUCCAGGAAAAGAGAACCAUGUUGUUGAUCAAGGCUCCAGGGAGAGUUCAAAACAAGAGGAAAGUAGUGUUCCUUUAGGGAAAAAUUGUAACAAACCUGUUACUGUGAAAGUUAAAAAUCAGGUUUCUGUGGGUGAGAGACAGAAAAACUGGCUCACAGAGUGGAGUGACCACUGCAGAGCAAAGAAUAGAGGCAAAGCCAUUGAGCUUUCUGUCCAGGGAGGUGAGAGUAAAGACAGCAGUGAGACUAUCAAUUUAGCAAAUGAAGAAAAAAGAGACAAUUUACAGGCUACAACUGCACAG